GCAGUUCUUUUAAUCUGUUUUAACAGGAUUCCAGGAAAAAAAACCAUCGUAAUGAAGCUCAUGAUUGGAUCACUUUGCCUCCUGGUUCUGGCCGUCGCAGCACAGGCCUACCCGGGUAGUUGGGGCUCAUACUCCAGCGUAGGAUGGCCCGUCAGCAGCAGCAGCACGGUUUGGCCAGCCUACGGAGGUUUGUACGGCAAGGCAGCCAUCACUAAGUAUGCGUAUCCUGCAUCACCGGUAGCCUGGGGAGGUGCAUGGCCAUCCUAUGGCAAAAGCUGGGGAUACGGUGUUCCGACUGUGGCCACCGGUGGACUGUGGAACUACGGUGGCUACGGACAAGGCUGGGGCUACAAGAACUACUGGUAAUCUGUGGAGGUGAAUUGGUUCCGAGUUGGACCUAGGAGCGAAUUGUUUCAUUUGAUGACGUUGAAUUUUGUACAAGAAUUUA